CUUAAUGUUCAAGAUUGGUUUUCUGAUCUACAAAAAUACGCAGGUACAUCCAUAAUUAGUUGCUCUCUUAUAUCUUCUUCUCCUGUCUUAGUGGGAUUCAGACUCAAACAUACGGAAUGUGCGUAAAGAGCCGCCUAUGCUGGACGCAAAAUGCUCUGCCCACCGGGCGCCGUCGCGUUCUGCUGCCUGCGUUCCUCUCCAAGGAUGAUGAUAAGGCGCAUGGAUGCUCUCGUCCCAGACCUCUCUUCUAAAUGUGAUAAUACUAACAUCAUUUUCUACAACGACCCCUUAAUCUGAUCCCCUUUUUUUAUUUUAUUCCAUCCUCCCCCUCUUCGUGUGCGUUUACGUGUGUGUGUGGAUUGUGUUCGUCUUCAACCUGCCAUCGCUGUAGCCCCCCGUGUUGCGUUGGCGCUGCGGAAUAGCUUACAAGAAGGAGAAGAAGAAGAAGAACAAGAGCCAGUUCAGAGCCGUGGAAACAAGCGGAUCAAUGUAAGGGGGGGAAAGGACGGAGGCUGGAAAACUGACGAUCGAGGAGGGAAGGACGAGGAGAAAGGGGGGAAAAAACACACCGACCUCACGCUGCAGCCGCUGAAACAUAAAGGUACGUGUGUGUUGGAUGUACAGGUACUGAAAUGGCCGGCGUAAUUAUUGCAUUUGUUACCUAAUCUGUAUGGAUGCUCGAAUCAGUCAUAAGAUUGUACAGAUUGAAUCACCAAAACGUGCAAAGGUUGUAUGGAUGCAUGUAAAUAAUUAAUAUCAGCAAUAGAUACCGUCAGCGUCGAUGUCUGACGAAGACGGCUGUGGUAGUCCUUGUGGAUACAUUUUAAUAACAUGCCGCCUUAUGUAAGAGUGUGUGUUGCAAAUGUCCACAUUCACUCUUUUCUUGAAAAUACCAAGUCUAUAUGUCUCAGUUUUUGGGUGCAGUCUUGUUGUCAUUACCCCGAAGAGAGGGAGAGAAUGGAUGCAAGCCAUUUUGUAAUGCAGCAUGUGCAGAAUUAGGCCUAUUCAGAAUUUCAAUUGCGUUCCCGAGAAGGUGCGCCGUAGUGAGCGCAGCUGCAUAGAUGAAUAAGGCCAUUCUGUUGAAUUGUAGGAGAUAUUAUGCUGGAGGCUAUAUGAUGGGGACAGAUUGCAGAUUAGAAGCUAAGGCUGCUGGAGAAAAUAGCUGAUCAUUGUUUUGUUUCUUCAUUUUUCAUGCGGUGAUGAAAGAAAAAAGAAAGAGACUAUUUUUGCCAGGAGUGAAAAAUGGGAAACUUGGCAUGAAGCUGCUUAAACCAAAAAAUCUCAAAGCACAGGUUGUUACAAAACCGCUGAAAUGCGUCCCAUCCAUCCCCUGAUUCCCACGUCCUAAACCAGUCUAGUGUUGUCAUAGUUACAGCAGAUGAUGUUGGCCCUGCUGCACCUGUGUCGCUUUGUGUUCAUCUGUAAAUACAUGAGGUCUAAUUGGGCCUGAUACAGGAAGCAUCCCACAUCCACACCAAGCUCGAAAAACAAAGCCCACCACUGUAUUUUUAAAAAAACACCUUAUAAACCUUAAUGACUGUGUUUUGGAGAGAAAGCAUUGAUACAAUCAGGCGCUGACGAUGAUGUGAUUGGUUUGUAGCAAUUGGUCAGCAGCUUGCAGCUAAUUUGUCUUUUCGCGACUGAGCGCUUUCUCAGGCCUGAUCGAAUAAUCAAUAUCUACAUGGUUGCAAUCUGCUCUUGACAUGGAAAAAACAGCAAAGAUCAAGAAAAAGAAAUACCUGAGUGAAAUUGUAUUGAAAAAAAAAAAACCCAAUAAAGACAAUGUUUGAAGCAUGAUAUAUAGAAAAAACUGAUAAAUAUGAAAGCCACUGGAGACAGAUUUGGCUCCAUCUGGGUAAAUGUGCAAUAUUGCAAAAAAAUAAAAGAGCAUUGUCGGUGUAUGAUAUUCUUCUUGUGCUCUCAUGUGGGGAAAAACUUGAAGAUGGGAGGUCAAGGCAACAGGCGGCCAGCUGGAAGGCUCAAGGUCUCUCCUUUAAUACGAUUUGAGUUAGUGUGGUGUUUUACAUAGAUUGUUUUCUCCGGUCUCCCACUGGUGACAUUUACCGUUUAAUGCAGAGAAAAUGCAGCUGAGUCCCUUCAGUGUACAUCUACUGAGUUAAUUUGAGGAAAAAUUACCUCAGAAUAACUUACCACCGGUGAAUGGGAGUUGCAUUUUUUGCUGUUAUCUUUGCAGUGACGAAUAACAACAUGUAUUUGUCAAAAUUACAGACCUAUUUUGCAAUAUGUAGCACAAUUUUUCAAUGUACCUGCUCUGCAAAUAUUGUCUUUGAUUUAUAUCAGUGCUAAACAAACUUGUGCAUUUGCUCUGAGUUUGUGUGGUAGGGUCUGUAAAAAGAGAACAAAGAAGACAAGCGAAAAAACAUUACCCCCCUGUGUGUUUUUAAUGAAGUUCCAGUGUAUGAGACGCUGCAUAAAUUACAGUUUUGAGUGCACUGCUAUGAUCAAUUCUUUGACCAGCUGAAUAAUAAUGAUGUUGUGUUUUGAUGCUUCACUGAAUCAUUUCAUCGUAACUAUCAAACCAUCGCUGCAGAUCAGAUACUAUUCUGAUGUCUGGUAGAGAGACACUGGAGCGUUUUUCUUUCUUUUUUUUUUACAGCCCAUUAUUGAAAUGUAUAAUUACCUGCUGGAUGGGGGGAUGAGGAGGAGAGUCUUCAGGGAAGGACAGCAGUGUGGAGAACACAAUGAUUAGGAGUGCUGCAAAGAGGCUGCAUACAGUAGCAUCUCGGCCUUGCUUCAAACUGCAUUAUCUCACUGGCUGAUGUGUUGCUAUAUCACUGUGGCAGUCAUAGUUGGGACAUUGUCGGAUGAAGAUUUGCGAAUACUUUCCUGUUAUGAGUGUGUAUUAAUGUUGUCUAGAGAGGAAGAGAGAGAUUCUGUGGGAUGAGCAGAUCAUCUAAAAGGCUAUUUUUAGCUUUCACUCCUUUAUGAUCUUUCUUAAUAGCUGCUGGAAGAGUUCUCACAGCUAUGUUCGUUAUACAGACUGACGUUGAUAUAAUCCCAAACCCUGUGGAUAUCAAGAUUAGAGGCAAAUUUGUUCCUUUUGUUGUCAUUGUGAAGGCCAAGAUUUGACUGUGUGUUAAACAAGAUGUUCUUUGAAUAUACUGUAUAUAACAAACAAGAUUCCCAUAACGCUGCUGUUAUUUUUUUUUUUUGGUGUGAACCAUUAAAAUGAUGUAAAGGAUGGAAUAGAGCUUGAGCUUUAAGUCAAAUAUAUGUUUGUUUUAACUUCAGCGAUGCUGGUUAUCAGUUUUGACCAGCAAAUGUUCAUCAGGCCCGGCUAAACACAGUAAUGUGGAAUAGGGCACUGGACAGUAAAAACACAAGAUGGUGAGUGAGCAGGUUGCCACAGCAACCGUGUUUCUAGGAGCGCAUGCAUCGUCGCUGCAUAGGAGAGGAGAUGCUCUGCACUGCUAUGGAGCCUUUUUACAAAACACACCGUAUUUUUAGAGGGUAAAAUAUGUGUAGAAAAUGCACCCAAGAGACCGAUUGUAUAAGAUAGUGAUAUAAUUUCACAGUGGUCAUGUAAGAACCAAUAUAAACAAAGAUGUCCUUAUUAAUUUUGUCUCUCUCUUUAAGCUUGUGACUUGAAUCAUAGCAUGGAGCCAUGCUUGAGAACAACGAAUACUUUCUUUUUGGUCUCUUUUUUAUGAGGGAAGCAGCCCUGACUUUAUAAAUUUAGUAAUUUCUCUGAUUUUUAAAGUCUUUUCUGUUUCAAGAAUGUGAUGCUCUCUCAAUCAAAGACACACCUACAAACAGAUAAAUGUUUAGCAAAAGUCAUUGUAAUCCAUGUCAUUUUGUCUCUCAUUAUCUUGGUGUCAUUUUCAAGCGUGAUUCACCUUCCCUUGUGGUCGAGGAUCGUGUCUGAUUGCGUAUAGUAAACAGCAUGAGCACUGCAGUAAAAUUUCAGGAGUCGAUAAUCUUUUCUUAAUAUCUUAAUUGCUAAAUUACUGCUGCUGCCUCAUGAUGGAUUGCGUGAAACUCUGCAUUGACCUUAGGUCUAAAUAAGUCCUUUCAGCAUUUGUAAUUGUAUUCAACAGCAUUUCGUUCUUUCUAAAUUCCACCAAUACGUAUCUAACUUGCCUAGUAAUAUCACAAAGGGGCUUCUGAGACUGUGAUCUUCAUCGGUCUGCUGCAACUCUUGUGACCAGGCUUGAGGUUUUAGCAUUUUGUGGCCAUUUCAGACCAUGACCCAGAUGUUAAGUUCAACCUAUGAAGAAAAUGGCAGCUGACUCACCAGUGAGACUAGAGGCCACAAUUUUAGAGCCACCUCUUUAGAAAAGAAAGCCUGAAAGCAUGUCACGCUGGCGACAGAACAUUGUAAUGUUUUGAGAUUUAAAUUCAGUCCUGGGAAUACAUGCAUGCAUAUGCUAGGCUAAUAUCUUUAAGCUACCCCACAGUGCACUUACGUGACCUCCUUUUCUCUGUUCUUUUCUCUCUUUUUCCCUACAGUGAGAACCAACAGCCUCUGCAGAAACAACACUUUCAAGAGCAACCCCCACCCUAAAAUUUGAUUUUUGGUCUUAUAAUUGUCAUGGGAACAAAAAAUAAAGGGUUCUCUUGAAUGACAUUUUGAAAAGAACAAGGUGUUUGGAAAUGAAGGAAGCAUGAGUGAAGUAAAAUAAGAACCUUUUAAAGAUAAUUUAAGCCUAAAAAAAAAAAAAAAUUCAUUUUUCUCUGAAUCUUUUUAAAUUGUUCAAAGGAGAAUAAUAAAACAGAAUUGGAGCGUACAACAUGAAGAUUAAGAUAAGCACAUAAAUUGCCUUCUUUGGAGGUGACUUAUCAACAUCAGAGCAAAAGGGGUGGGUCAUGACUCAGUUGCCAUGCGUGUUGUCAUGGUGACCAACCCCUGUGCCCCUUCCCCCCUCCUCUGGUUGGUCCAGCUCUUGUUGUGGCUUCACAACCAUGGACCUCAGCUGACGGAGGCAGCACCCCCUUGCCCCACCCUUUGUACCUGCUCCAAUCAGGCGAGCCGUGUCAUCUGUACGAGGAAGAGCUUAGAUCAAGUCCCUGACAGUAUUUCAGAGAACACAAGAUACCUCAAUCUUCAAGAGAACACAAUUCAGGUAAAUAGGAUUUCAUCAUGCUCCUACAUUUUAUGGGAAUAACUUGACAUUUGAUGAUGCUUCAACAUGCCUCUUUUUGUCUCCCCACAAGGUGAUCAAAUCAGACACUUUUAAACACCUGCGGCAUUUGGAAAUCCUCCAGCUCUCCAAGAACCACAUUCGACAAAUCGAGGUGGGAGCUUUCAAUGGCCUUCCCAACCUCAACACACUGGAGCUUUUUGACAACCGUCUCACAGUGGUGCCCUCACAAGCCUUUGAGUACCUCAGCAAGCUAAGAGAACUAUGGCUACGGAACAACCCCAUCGAGACACUGCCGGCGUUUGCCUUUCAUCGGGUUCCCUCUUUACGCCGUCUCGAUCUAGGGGAACUCAGGAAGCUAGAUUUCAUCUCGGAGGCCGCCUUCGAGGGCCUGGUCAACUUACGUUUCUUGAAUCUUGGCAUGUGUGGCUUGAAGGACAUCCCUAACCUUACCCCUCUGGUACGACUUGAGGAGUUGGAGCUGUCAGGAAACCAGCUGGGGAUAGUCAGGCCAGGAUCCUUCCAGGGCCUUGUGUCACUUCGCAAGCUGUGGCUAAUGCACUCCAGAGUGUCAGUCAUUGAACGCAAUGCUUUUGAUGACCUCAAAAACUUGGAGGAGCUCAACCUCUCUCACAAUUCCCUGCAUUCCCUGCCCCAUGAUCUCUUCACGCCUUUGCACCAGUUGGAGAGGGUGCAUCUCAACCACAACCCCUGGGUAUGCAACUGCGAUGUGCUGUGGCUCAGCUGGUGGCUGAAAGAAACGGUUCCCAGUAACACCACAUGUUGUGCUCGUUGCCAUGCGCCCCCAGGCCUUAAAGGAAAGUACAUUGGGGAACUAGAUCAGAGUCACUUCACCUGCUAUGCCCCAGUGAUUGUUGAGCCACCCACUGACCUGAAUGUCACAGAGGGUAUGGCUGCUGAGCUGAAAUGUCGCACCGGGACCUCAAUGACCUCAGUGAAUUGGUUCACUCCAAAUGGCACGUUGAUGACCCAUGGAUCAUACAGAGUAAGGAUCUCAGUUCUUCAUGAUGGCACACUCAACUUCACCAACGUUACCGUGCAAGACACCGGGCAGUACACUUGCAUGGUUACCAACUCUGCUGGAAAUACCACCGCGACUGCCGUGCUCAAUGUGUCCGCUUCAGACCCCAGCAACAGUUACAGCUAUUUCACCACUGUCACUGUGGAAACAGUCGAGACAGUAAGAGGAGAGGAGGAGAACUCAGCGAGACAGUAUAUUAACGAGACCUUCAUAGAUUUCCCUAAUCCUACUGUUCAGAGAGGGGUGUUAGAUGGCCGACCUGGCAUCACUGCGUCUCCUUCUCUCUCCUCUCUAUCCUCACUGUCCCCACGAGCCAACAGAGGUAAUGAGAAUGCAGUGACUGUGUCGAUAAUGGAGGUAACCAAUAUCCCAGGCCUGGAUGAUGUCAUGAAAACAACCAAGAUCAUCAUUGGCUGCUUUGUGGCGAUAACCUUUAUGGCCGCUGUAAUGCUGGUUGUCUUCUACAAACUCCGGAAGCAGCACCAGCUACACAAGCACCACGGCCCUGCCAGAGCCAUCGAAAUUGUCAAUGUGGAAGAUGAAAUCGGAGCUGGGGCUGGGAGCGGCAUUUCAGGUGGUUCAACUAUGAAUUCUGGUACUGGUGGAGAAGGAACCCUGAGGAUACAUCAUCCAGAAAUUGUCAACCUCCCCAACAUUGGUCGCACGGAUACUCUUAAUCAUUACUACAAGACUCAUCAUUUCAACAACAAUGUGAUGGGUCUUAGCAUUGGUCCUGAAGGGAUGGGACCAGGAGGGAUGCUCGGUAACAAAGGCAUGAUGCAAGGCCAGGAUAUCCCCAUCUCCUGUACAACGCUCCCGAUCUCUACAUCGGGCAAUGGCACCAACAACCCCAGUUCAAUGUCCCCUCCGCUGCCAAUGUCUCUGCCCAUGCCUACCAUGGGGUUACAUGGAUCGAUCAAGGGUUUCAUGGGUCAGAGCCAGAACCCCCAAAUGGAGCCUCUUCUCUUCAAGGGGAACUCAAAAGAAAAUGUCCAAGAGACUCAGAUCUAAAAAUCAAAAGUAAGAGUAUAGAGAGAGAGAGGAGAGCAAGAGUUGGAGACAGAGAGGGGAUUGAUGUUGGGUUUACGCGCCGCAUCAUUAGACACUAGUGCAUUGACGUUACACCAGGAGAGAGGAUAGACUGACACGGCGAUACACAAACACAUAGACUUAUCCGUGACAGUGUACUGAGCCAAGGAUUACCACAAUGGGCCACUUGUGUUUGUAGUAAUGAUCAUGGCCGUGGAGAUCAAGGAAUGAACAUUGCUACAAUGUAAAUCUGUGCCAAAGCAAAUGUUUUUUGCAGUUUCUACAAGCUGUGUUCUCAUAGGGAAAACUAGCCUUUCAGAGUAAUCAGUCCCCAAACUGUUGUUGGCGAGCUGAGACGAAAGACAUGCACGGCACUCACCACACUGACGAUCGGAGAUAUUUCAGAACAAAAAUCCAAGAGACAUUUUUCUUCCACACAAAACAAACAAGCCACACUCUCUGUCGAGUGACUCAACAGACUCCCUCAUGGUGACAAUUAUGUAGGCAUAAAUAAAUGGACAAAAAGGUACAGUGCAGUACAAACUACUGUGAAAAAUCCACAAAUUAUAUAAAUAUAUUUUCAUUUAAAUAUGUAUCAUUGCAGACUCCGAUGCAGAGAUAUUUUGGGGUGGAUGUAUAAGCUGGUAUAGUUUGUUUCUUUGUGAAUAAUCAGGGGCGGCGUUUGCUGGAGGUUGGAUUCUAAUACAUGUUUUAAGUUUGGCUACUUCUCAGAAACAUAAGGGCUCAAUUGCAACACUCAUUGUGAAUCUUUGAAUUGGCUUUGUGACAUGAAGUCCAUUUAGGUUGUAGAGCAGUAAAUGCAGAUCUCUGUUUGACAAACUUUUUUCUGUUGCUUCAGUAAUAAUCAUUACAGACUUUUGUGUUCUGAGAGUGUAUUAUGUAUUUUGUAAAAGCCAGCUACUUGGUAUUUGAAUCGACAAUUCUGAUACUUAAAUGCCAGCAUCAAAUAAUGGUAAAAACAAUGUUCCACAAACACUGGAAGGGUGAUCCAAUGCAAAGACCUGUAUGGGUAAAAUAAAGUGUUGACAAUGUGUUAUUUGAACCAGAUCAGUAGCCAGAUAUUUGCUUUUAGACAGAUAUUUGAUAUGACCUCCUUGCUCAUGGUUACCAUAAUCAUGCCAUAAAAUGCUGUCAUAAGGAUGAAUAGACAUCUAUCUAUCUGCAGCAGCAUUCAAGAAGGGAUUAAACAUCCGUCUUAGGAUGAUUGGAGUGAAUGGAAAUGUACAGUAUAUUAAUAAUAAUAAUGUCUGGUUGUAUGACAAUUGUAAGAUCCACAUUUUUACAGUGUAACUUUCAUAUGUUAAAUGCCAUUUACGCUUCUUGCGUUUCAACUAUGUAUUUCUUUAUUUUUGUUAGUUUGAUAUAAUGUGUACAGUUGUCUAGCCAUGUAUCAUUACGUGUGAAAUAAAUCAAUCAUAUAUUGGGUUGUGGCUGGUCGAUAUGGCAACCACAUAAGUGAAGAGUGAGACAUUAUGCAGGCCUCUAUUCUAAACCUGGAUUAAAUGUAUGGUUUGUGGUUAAGCCGUUAGUCAUCUUGAUAAUAAUAGGUGCCAUCUGCACUAUUAACAUGUUCACACAGGCUUUAGUCACUCUCCUAUAGAUGAUCUACAGAGCCCCAUAAUUUUGUGAAAUGGUGUUUUUUAAUAGUAUAAGAUGGCUUUAUUCUUCACAGAAAGCACACUUCCCUGAAAUUAUGCCUAAUAUGCUUUUCUGAUGGUGACUGUUUUUCAUUGCUAGAUUGGUUCUAAAUGAAUUACCUUGUGGAUGGAUGUAAGAGUGUAUUAUCAUGUGGUGCUAAAUGUUUGUUGCAAUUGAGCACAAACUGGUAAUGCAGCCAUCUAGUCCAAAUGAAUAUACCUGAGAUAGCAUCAUCAACAAAACAAUAUCAUUAAGCUAUGACUGUACUCCACCACUGUAUGUGAGUUUAGGAUUGUUUCUCAGUAUACACAGGAGCUGUUUUAUAUCAGUGAUCCUUUUUUUUUUCUUUAUCUGCAACACUCUCUGUAAGGAAAGAGACACAAGGAUAGAAAUACUGGUGAUGAUAAUAUGAAUGAUGAUACAGGACAAGGACCGGCCCAGAUUGUGCUGUCACAAAGGUUAAUCCGUGAAAGGAGCAUUUUCUACAUCAGUGAACACCACGUUUACCCUGCUUUAACCUAUAAAUCUGAUCCCCCCUACAAUUCAUGCUUUCAUAGUGAUCAUAUAGCUCAGGCUGUGUAAAUUUCAGCCAAGUUAGUCUCUUUGUUUGUGAGUCUCAAUCAAAAACUGUUGUAAAUGUAAAUGUGCAGCAGCACCAUAGACAGAUUCAGUGGGCAGGGUUCAAGCGUAGCCCCACUGAGACACAAAUAGAAUAUAAAUGAAGGCUAAAGACACAACAUAUGGCUUCUCCCUUGAUGUGCUACAUUUGGUGGCUCUGCUGUCAGAUUUCAAAGAGCAUACUCGAUACCUCCUUGUGUGCUGCGUAUGGGGGGGAAGCAUUCCUGCAUGUUCACCGUGGAACAAAUCUUCUUACCUGAACAGUUUUAUUGUGAUGGUGACUCAUCUAAUUGGAACAGAAAUGAUGCUUUCAUCCCUCUGGACGUCAGUAACUCUCAAUGUGCAAAGUUAUUGUCAUUAUUAACAUUAGGAGGUAAAGCAGAAGGGUUGUGUUGCAUCUUAGAGUAGCGGGUGCUGUUGUAGAUACAAAAUUUGAUGGGUUUAAAAGGAGGCUUCAGCAUAUGACCUAUUUAAAUGAAGACUGCAAGCUCGGGGAUGGAAAUCAAUAUGUGCAUAUUGGGUGACUGUGCCCCUCUGUAAUACACCGUGGGGAAUUGAUGCAGUUUGGCUACAGAUUAAGUCUAUGAAUAUGAGUAUCAUCUGAACCUAUGUGUGUUGUUAACAAUAGAUGUCUGCAGUCCAGAUGACAUUUCUGGGUUUAUUGGCAGCAAAACGCUUAAGUGAAAAGGAUUACCAUAUGUAAGACAAGACUAGAAAAUGGACUAACCUUUUGGUCCUUUAAAGGUAAGCUGUUCUGUUUGGUAAUACACUGUAAAACAUGAUAGUGUCUGUUUUUGACAGCUUCAGAUUUUUGACAGAAUCAGUAUUAAGCUCUAGAAAAGUUUAGAUCAUUUAAAUACAAGAUAGUACUGAAAAAAUGUCAUGUAGAGUUUUUCUUGGUCCCCUUUUCUUUUACUGUUGUUUAUUUUGGUAUAUGGUAUUAUCAGUUUGGAUCUUUAUGUAUUUUCAUUAAAUGUACUUUUUUCAUGUAUUUAUCAAGGUACACAGUGUGGCAGCAGUGAAUUUCUUCAAUUAUAGCAAGAUCAAAAUGUGCAGUACUUGCACUCAAACGACUGUCACACAAAAAGUUUAUCUUGAUUUUUUUCACUUUCUAACACGUGGCUUUGAUUUGCCACCCACUGUAAGAAAUUGAUUUGCUUUUACAAAAAAACCCAGACUACUUUAAGUAUCUGUUCUGGUUAUCGCUACUAAUUGAACCAGAACUUAAAACUGCUCUGGAGCAACAUAAAGUUACUCAUGCCUCUUGUUGACAAAUGUGAUAGUUUCCACUUUUUGUCCUGUAAAAUUGAAGGUAGUAUUUUACACAAAACCUAAAUUUGCUGUCUCUUAACAGAAAUACUUAUCACUCAUUGUGUGCACAUGCCCCUUCACAGUAGUUAUGAAGAUUAAAAUUUUCUUCAAUGAAAUGAACAGGCUUGUUGCCGAUGGUCUGUUUCGCUUUGGAAGGUCACAGAAAGGCUUCUACAUCAGUUUCAGCCUGUUUCUCACUCAGUUAAAAAUUCCUCACAGUACCUUUAGGUAAAGCUCCUGUGAGAAACUUUGGGUUUGGAUCAAAUUUGGCAUCUACUGUGGGCAGAGUGGGGCCUCUUAUUUUGUUCAUGAUUUUGUCGUGUAGAAAUAUGUGUAGGUAGUUUUUUUUUUUUUUUUUUCACCAAAAUUUCCCCCAUUUCAGAUCCAAAUGUGUUACUUAUCAAGAAUUUUUGCUAUGUACAACGUUAAUAAGCGGUUUUGGUAUUAUGCAAAUCAUCAUUAUGUCCAAUACCUGCAGUUUCAGAUAUUCAAAUGACAAUAUAGAAAUCAGCAGUCUUGUAACUGACGGUCUGAGUUGUAUUUGUGUUUCAUAAAGAGACGUCUCUAUUAAGUCUGUUUGAUUCCCAGCAAAAGACUUAAUGCCUGACAUUUUUAUCAAAGAAAAUGACAGAAGUCUGAGACAUAGCUAUGUUAAAACAAUUUUGUCACUUUUUCAAAAUUAAACUACAAAACAGGGUGAUCAAUUUAAAAUCCACGACUGCUCGACACAUUGGCUUUUGUUUUCCUGCUACGUACCAUUUUUGUAAUAUCUGCUAGCUUGAUUUAAGGGCACAAAAUUUAGCAUUGCAUAAAUGUUGACAGCAAGACAGAAUUUUAAAAAGGGCUAUCAGCUUGCAAACUCUUUUUAAGCCUAAGGCACAAUUUGGGGGAUUGAAAUAACUCAACUUAUCAGUUUCCUAAAAAUGAUUGAUUGGCUUUACCACGUCAUACCAAAAACCUCUAAGAUUGCGUCAUAUCCCUAAAGGUGAGCGCUUAGUUUUCAAGAAAUAAAAACAGUUUACUCCUCUAUUAGUCUUGCUGAUUGAAACCAUAAUAACAAAUUAGUUGAGUAAUUGAUUAAGAGUGGUGGCUGCUGAAGUAAAGUCAAAUUAAUCCAACAAAUUCAACACAACACUAUUAGGUCCUGUAAUCACUACAGCAUGGCAACCGCCUCCAUAAAUCAAAUGGUCCAUCAUGUUACAUUAGCAUAAUUGGACAUUUACUGGCAGUGACAUUUUUUAUUCUUAGCAUAUGCUGUGAAUGUGCGAAUCUGGCAAAUAAAUCAGUUUCUUUUAGAAAAGGCUUUGACUGUUUCCAUGCAAUGCAGAGAAUAUGGCGUCUUUAAAAUCUCAAGUCCAGAUGAUGUGCACGAUCUAAUUUUCAUGCUGGCUGCGGAUGUGCAGCACUGGUGCUCCAUCAAUACAUCAUUAUAUAUCUCUUUUUUUAAAGGGUGGGCAAAAUGAGCUUGAUUCCUCUGCUUCACUGCAUUUAAACUUACUUUAUACCCCGAGGCGAGGUAAAAAUAUACAGACUAUAUCAGAUAUUCACUGUGCUGUGGAAGUCCAACCGACAUUACGCAUCAACAACCUCGAGGGAUUCAUGUAAUAACAAAUGCAUCAGCGAUGGACCAUGACAGCGGAUUUGAAUUAUAUGUUUAGAUAAAAUGUUUGUGGCCUUACAGCAGACGGAUUGUAUAUGAAAUGUCUUUGGGGGAGCUAUGCAAAAAGUCUUUUUCUUGAAUGUAAUUGUGUUUGGCUUGUGCCUGGUCUCUGGAGAUCUCAGCCAUCCCAUGAGACUCUAAGCAGGAGGUUUAAAAGGCCUGUGCAUGCAUAUAGUAAAGACAAUACAGUUGAUUAUGGGAGCAUAGUAUUAUAUUUUUAAAACUGCACCAAAGUAGAAGAAAUACACAACCAAAUGUUCUGUACAUGCUUGAUGUGAGUAAUUUCAGGCAGAAAAGCUACGUGCAUUCUCAGCUUGUGUUUGCAGCAAGCACACGGCUUGGAUUUGCUUUUUCUUUCUAUGCGUAAAAAGUGUAAUGCUUUCAUGUAGUGGGGGGAUGUUAUGUGAGCAAAGAGUGUGUGUGCAGCAGAAAAGAAUGCAUUAAUAUGCACUAAAGAUGAAAGAGAAAUGCUCUAAUACAAACACAUUUUUUCAGGUCUUGGUCUGAAUAUAAUGUGAUGGAGUAGGGUCAUACUGAAUUAGAAAAGGUGGGAUAUUUAAAUGCCAGCUAUACCCACAGGAGGUAUUCUUAUCAUAAUAAAUUCCCCAAACUACUGUGGAUGUAAAGGAAGAAAAGGUUCUGUUUGUAAAAUAGAGCACUCUCCCUGUACAGUGCAUCAUUUUCUGCUUUUGCUGCAGUCAUUUUCUAGAAACCUACUCCGUCUGCACCAUCUUCCCCCUUUUUUUUCCCUGCUCUG